AUGAAAAAAAUCACGAUUUUUUUCUUGACCGCUGUUUCUGCUGGCCUGACGGAUUUUAAUGGACAAAUAACCUGCUAUCUCGGCGGCUACAUGAGCUCUCAAUACGUCGGCUACGGCUGCUGGUGCGGCCGGCACAACAACGGAAUCCCCGUCGACGAGACCGACCAGUGCUGCUUCGAGCACGACAAUUGCUACGACGAAGCAGACAAAAAAUUUUCCUCGGGAAUUUUUCUCGAGAGCCUGCCCCAGUCUUAUUUCAAGACUUAUGACUACAUGUGCCACGAAGAACAUGGGGUUAUCUGCAGAGAUGAUGUGGAGUCCUACUCUAGAAAGCUGUGCGAAUGCGAUAAGGCGGCGGCGAGUUGUUUUCAGAGAAAUAGAAAUUCAUACAACAAGUAUUUUUCAAAACAAGGCGAAUUCAACAAGGAUCGUUUUUGCACCGACGGGAAUCGCCAAAAAAUUCAAACCGAAAAUUUCUCUGGUUGCGAACGAAACAGCCCGCAUGAAUUUUGCUGCGGCUCAAAAGCUUACGAUAACCGCUUUAAUUUAUGCUGCGGGGGCGAAGUUUUCAGCGAUAUCUUAGAAAACGACUUGGAAAAAGAAAAAAUGGAAGGCUCAAGCGUCAAUUUCUACCAAAUUAUUUUGAUCAAUAUUCUGAUCACGUGCAUGAUCAUGCUCUACAGUGGUUUUUACAGAAGAGAGGAAGACACGGUUUUGAGCUUCUUUACAAUUGAUGAAGUCGAUCAAAUGAUUGAGAAGAAGGUCAAAGAAGAAAGAGAGAAAAUGGAAGAAUUGGAGCAAGAAAAAUUUAUUGAAGUCGAAAAAGAGGGCAUCAAAAUCGAAGAAAAUGAAGAAAAACCUGAAAGAAGAAAAGCUGUUUUAAUGGUUACAUUUAUGAGAUCCGGGUCCACAUUCCUCGGCGAAAUGUUCAACAACCACGAUGAUGCCUUCUAUGUCUUCGAACCUCUUCAUCCUCUCUCUAAAUUCGGAUUAUCAAAAAGCAGCUUAGAAGAUAGAUUUGAAAUUUUGACCGACAACUUGAACUGCAAUUUCCGCGAGCAAUACGAUAUCACCAUUCCUUGGAGGUCGUUCAAAGGCGAAGAAAUGCCGCUGGAAGAGUCACUCGACAAAAAGGGGGAUUUUGUAUUUCGAUCGAAGCAUCGAAGACUUUGUGCACCACCGUUUUGUGGAAGGGAUUUUUCGAAGAGUCUUCAUCAGUGUAAUGAAGAAUGCGGUCUUGUUGAUUUGAGUCUUGCUUCAAGGAAAGGAUGA